AUGGGAGGGCUUAAUGGCCACGGUCCGCACACCUCACAUGAAACAUUGCCCCAAUCACGCAGUGCUAAUAUAGCGGCCGCAAGUAGUACAUGCGAUGACUGGGAGGCGGUUUGCUCCUCUCUUGGCGAGGAACGAAAGAAUACGGAUCACGAGCUUGAUCGCUUCAUGAUGCAGAACAUUGUUGACGUCAAGUUUCAGCUGAAACGGAGCAAAUUCGCGGCUGUCGGUGAGGUCAACUUUCAAAGAGGAUGUCUUGAUGCGCACAACGCCAUGCGAACAAAAUACGGUAACAACCCACUACAAUGGUCGUCGGAACUCGGAGAGCUAGCCCACACCUGGGCCAUAAGACUUGCGGAACGAGGCCGUAUACUGUAUCCCGAAUUAGCAGGGAUCGGCGAGAACCUACACGUUUCCCCAGCAACGAACACUGAUCAUCUACCAACCGGUAUUGAACUUGUGGAAGAAUGGGAGAAGGAGAGCCAGUUCUUCAAUUUUGAGCGGCCUAGGUGGCAUCCAAAAUGCCAACACUUUUCCCAAAUGUUGUGGAAGGAUAGCACGGAGCUGGGCGCAGCCCGAUAUUGGAAUACAGCGAAAAACUGCGUGGCUGUCGUUUGCUUCUACCGACCAGGCGGAAAUUCUAAUGCACCAGGUGAAUUUGCGAAUAAUGUCCCAUCCCGGGAAGCCUCGCUAUCACCUGCCCGUUCAUUACCGGCUCAUCUGAAGCGGGUAACCAUCAGCGAACCACCUGCGCGAGCUACA